AUGUUUGCCAUCGAGAGAGAUCACGCUGAGGUUAUCACCUUAUUGCUGGAGCAUGGUGCGAAACAUGACGUGUGUGAUGAAAAGGACCUAGUGCUUUAUGCGACCAAGAAGAACCAUGCCAAGUCCUUGCAAGCACUGAUAAAAGGAGGUGUCCCAAUCAAAACAUAUCUCAAAAGCCUACCUGAAUCAGAGGAGAAGUUUCCAUGUGACGUCCUAGGUGGAUACGUGACUUCUGAGGGAUCACGCAAACUUCACACGCCGUUUGAAUUUGCUUGCUACGACGGGCACUUGGAGGCUGUCCAAGAGUUGAUGAAGCAUCUCGACUCAUUAUAUCUUUGUAAUGGAUUCCUCCAUCUUGCCUCGAAAGCUGGAAAAUCCAAAGUGGUGGGUGCUUUGCUUGAAGAUGAGAAAGUUCGAGGGACGAUCAAUCUCCGCGAUUCGAACGGAAACACACCUUUAUACUUAGCCGCUAAGCAAAGAGACUGUGAAACAGUCAAAACUUUACUGGAGCAUGGAGCAGAUGUCACCUUGAACUCAAUGAACCUCAAUCACCCCCCAGAGCCGAAAUUCAAGUCGGCAAACUAUCACCGGGACGGUCUGUGGCCAAGCUACUCUCCUUUACACGGGCUAGCGAUUGGAAUGAAGUCUCUUGUCUGGUUUUGGCCUCAGAAAUCCACUUGGGUGGAGACAUUGGACCUGCUUCUGCGCUCGGGCUGUGAUGUCGACGUGAGGGAUCACCGAGGGCGCACACCUCUCUUUUACUGGUCGCAGUUUCCCUCUGCACGUGAUAGGACGGAGUCCAUGGACUUUGUCACCACUAUUCUCGAUCGUGGGGCGAAUGCUGCUUUACUCGACUGUCAAGGGUCCUCGCCACUCCACUUUCCACAGCUCACGUCGAAUAUAGCGGAGGCUCUGGUAAAUAGUGGAGCUGAUAUCAACUCUGCGAGGGACUCAGAUGGGCUGACUCCCCUUAUGCUCAUGGCUUCAAGCCUAAGUCGCAUCGAGCUCUCUCUGUGGUACGAAAUGAAUGUGGACUUUUCGCGAAAAGACCGUCAAGGGCAAACGGCCUUUCACCACUGUUUUCGUUCAAGGCUCUCCGAUACAAACAAGAAAGACAUAGUCCCUUGGAUCAAUGCUUGGUGUACUUUAGGAGACUUGAAUGCCCGAGACAAUUUUGGUAGAACACCACUGCUUGAACUACUGUUUCGAAACGGCAAUAAUUGGACUGAUGGGUCGCACAACGUCCAAAUAAUCCAACAAUUUAUCAAAAAUGGCGCAUCGUUGGAAGAUCGAGACUUUUCUGGGCAAACGGCACUCCUGACUGCAUUGAAUCACCCAGAUUUGACAUUGUUCUCUCUGGUCGACGAGAUCCUUCGGCUAGGUGGCGAUGCAAAAGCCGUGGAUAACGAAGGGGCCUCAGUAUUGCAUUAUGCUUUCAGGACUAAGUAUCAUUUAUUCUGCGUCGAUGAUAACCGGAGUUGGAGCUCUAUCCAAAGAUUGAUGGACUGUGGUGCGAGCAUUCAUGCGAUCGAUCACAUUGGAAACACUAUUCUUCACGAGCUUGUCAGUGUGAGUAACUGCCACAUUGUUUGGAGCAGGCUAGAGCCUCGUGCGCGGAGACUGAUCAAUCUCGGGCUCCCGUAUUCAUCGAAAAAUUACAAAGGUCAAACUUUGUUGCACCUGACAGCUACAACCAAAGUGGGGAAACUCAUGAAGAAAGAGGAGAGAGGGGAAGUGCUAGAUUUUGUUCUUGGCCUUUCCAAAGACCUCGAGAUCGAUGCCCGUGAUAGUGAUGGAUGCACACCUUUGCAUUAUGCAUCAACUGCGUCGGACAUCCACGCUCAUAUCUUGAUUCAACGGGGUGCUGACAUUCUCGCUGAAGACCACCAAAAGCGCACAGCUCUGCACCUCGCCGCCGAAGCAGGUCAGAGUAACAUUGUGGGGUUGAUUCUUGAAAGCUACGAGCAGAACCAAUGGUCCGUGAAUAAAUUGUGCUCGAAAGGACGAUCGGCAUUGCAUGAGGCUUGUCGAGCGGGCUGUCAGGAAUCCGUUCAAAUGCUGCUUGACGCUGGCGCGGAUCCACGGAUCCAGGACCAAGACGGCAAAACACCCCUGCAUGCAGCUGCGGAGUUCCGUUGGCCAAAGAGUGCCAAUGUGAAGGAAGCUGGAUCCGAUGCAACCACUCGUACACUUAAAGCGUCCGCCUCAAUGGUCACAUCUGGAAAUUGGGAUGCAGUCUCUCAAACUCACGUUCCUGGCGAGAUAUUCAGGGACAUACGGCAAGUUGUUGCUCUGCUCAUUUCUGCCGGAGGAGAGACAUCAACAAAAGACAAAAAUGGCCACACCGCGUCAGAUGUUGCUGCCUCUCUGGCAUGUUUCCCUGUUUUUGAAGAGUUGCAAAAUACAGCACCCUGUGCCACAAAGCCCAAACCAACAUUGUAUUACUCUCCGUUGAGUUUCAUCCGCAAAGAGGCUCUUGCAGUAAAGACGCCAGAUUCCUGGACAUCAUUCUUGCAAAAAAUAGUGUCAACAGGCGACGGACGCCUAGUUGAAGAGAUUUUGCGCGCCAAUCAACUCAAAAUCUCAGGACCCGAUGGGGAGUCUUUAAUGUCUCUUGUUGCAAGCCGGGGCCUCGCAUCCAUGAUGGACCGCAUGAUUCCCUAUGUAGAAGACUUUGCCUCCAUAGGCAGUCAGCUUUUGGAAUCUGCGACAAGCCAGAGAUCAUGCAACACUCAGAUGGUUAAGGUUCUUGUCAAUCAUCUGACCCCUGCCGAAGACAAAUCUCUGUUUGUCGCAUCUGUGAAUCAUCUGGUACAAAGCGAAGCUUGGUGGUACCCUCGGGCACUUUCCAUUCUUCUCGAUUCCGGUGCCGAUCCAAAUCUUGGGGGUCAAUUCACCACCAUGUCCAGGUGCCUCAACUUUGGAAUAUCCGGAGACUCCACAAGAAGGUCUGAAAAAUGGAAUACUUGGGGUCCUCAGCUACUUGACCUUCUUCUCAAGAAUGGCGCUGAUCCUAACGAGUUGAAAAUUGCCUUGCAGGCUAAAAGAGAUGUCAAGAUUUUAAAAUCACUCGUCGAUCACGGUGCUGAUGUAUCCAAGGCUUCGGAUAUACUUUCUGUCACACUGUCUAACCGCGAUAUUGACUUGGAAGCGCUCGAGUCUAUACUCGAAUUGGGUAUUGACCCAAAUGGCACUGAUACUGAGCGACCCCUGUUUCUGGUUGCAGGAGUUUGGAAUUGCGAAAAAGCCGUUUCAAUCCUCUUGAGAUAUGGUGCUGAUCCACACGCUUCAAUGGAGGAUGGAAAGUCUACUGUGCUGCAUGAGAUCUGUAGCAAGGGUGGGAUUCUGAAGCCCAUUUUAGCAAUGAGAAUUGACUGCAACACCCGGGAUGCUCAAGGCAGAACACCUCUCAUGAGAGCUUGCAUGUGCAAAAAGGAUCGUUCCACCAAUGUUGCAGACCUAAUACAGGCAGGUGCCAGUCCGGAUCUCGUUGACAACACCGACUCAACUGCAUUGCACCAUGCUUCCCGGUGCUGGAAUAAAAACGCCGUGCAGGAGCUAUUGAAUCAUUGCGUCGACAUCUCACCCCGUGACUGUCUUGGCGUGACACCCCUAUGCGACGCAUUGAAGGGCCUUGCAGAGUGGUGUAACGAGUCAAGCAAAUGGUUCCCAAUGAUCGAGGCUUUGCUAGAUGCUGGUGCAAACCCCCUCGAUGUGCUAUCAGAUGGUCGGGGAGCACUUCACUGCGUAGCUGUGCCACUCAUGAAUGCGAGCAACGAAGACCGAGAGGAGCAUAUAGCACAGUAUUAUGGAAAGGACUACUUUGGCCUGGCUUCCGGGCUUUAUCAACGCCUUUUGAAGGCUGGAUGUGACCCUGAACUGCGUGACCACCAGGGCAGAACACCUAUCUUCUGUUUUGUCGAUGCCGACAAGUCUCAAUUUUGGGACUUUAUCAACGCACCAAUCGCCCCUUUUAAUCUCGAGGACUGUCAGAAGAUGUUUGCCGAGCAUGAUAUCCACACACUUGAUUAUAGUGGAGGAAGUCUUCUCCAUGCCAUUGCGCGACGGGAAGAAGGUGAAUGCGAUGGAGAUGACCAUGAUGAGAAGUUGUUUUCAAUGUUGGUGGACAUGGGGCUUGAUCCAUGGAAGGAGAAUGGUGAAGAGCAGACAGCCCUGGAUAUUGCAUCAGUUACUGAGAAAUCUGGGAUAUUAGCUCUCUUUGCCAGAGAAGAUUAG